AUGGCAACCUUUUCGCAACCCACUAUUGAAAAAGGAUCUGACAUGGUCCUAGACUUCUUGUGUUCGACCUGCGAAGAAAAGAAACUGAAGGAAUCAGCUGAUUAUUAUUGCGAAUCCUGCGUAAAGUUUUUCUGCCAAAAAUGUAUUGACAUGCACAGCCAGUUGUUUACGCAACAUUCCCCUCAUGGAAGUGGAGAUAUGAAGAAAUGGCCAGUUGCCAAGAAGGUGGAAGAUUGUCUUCUUAAAUGUGAUGUUCAUAAAGAAGAAAACAAUGACAUGUUUUGCAAAGACCAUAGCCAGCUGUGCUGCCAUAAAUGUGCUAUUCUGAAUCACAGGACAUGCACAACGGUGAUGCUUUUAUCAGAGUUGGUAAAAACUACACCCACAGACCUCAAACAAGUAUCAGUUACCAUCCAAACUACUCUGGCAAAACUGAAGGAUCUUCAAGAAAACCAGGAGGAUAGCCUUCAGUCUCUGCUAAGUUCAUACGAUGAGCAGUUGCACAAAAUACAGGAAAAUUGUAAAAAAUUAAUUGCAGACUUAAACAAGCUUGAACAGAAGACAAAGCAGAAAUUGAAAGAUACACUGACCAAAUUGCAAGCCCCUCUUGAACGGGAUAUCAACAAAUGUGCCACUCUUCAAGAUGAAUUAAAACAACUUGGAGACGCUAUUCACGUCAUUGGUGAUAAAAGCAAGCAGGAACUAUCUCUUAUAGCUAGCAUUAAAUGCCAGGAUAGAAUACAGCAGUUUGAAAAAUAUCAAAAGGAGAACUUUGUCGAAGUAAAAUCUUUGAUAAAUUUCCAGCACAAUAUUGAAAUUGUGCAGUACCUUUCCAAGUUGUCAGGUCUUGGGAGGAUUGAACACAUUACCCAGACUUUGAAAGUGCAGGGAAAUCCAAACCAAAUAAUAAGGAUGUACGAGAAGUCUGAGUAUAAUGUUCGUGCACGAUGGGAUAAUGUGUUGUUAAAUUGCAGUAUCAUAGAUGUAUGUGUUCUUCCUAGUGGACUGGUCCUGGCUGCAGACGACUUCAACAAUAAUGUCAAGCUGCUAAACCAACAGUACCAGGUAGUGAGUCAGUGUAGUGUAUCUGGCCAGCCAUUUAACAUGUCUCUGAUCACACCCAGUGAGGUUGGUGUUACUGUUGGUUCAAAGAUCAAGUUCAUCGAAGUCAACAACAGUAAGCUGGUAAAGGUUAGAAAACUUCAAUUACAACAUACAUGCAAAGGUAUUGCCUACCAUGAGGGAAACCUUUUUGUCACCUCUGGGACAGCACUGUACAAGUACCGGUACGCACAGAACGAUAAAAUAGGCAGGAAACUGCAUGAGAAUAAAUAUGAGAACACAGUAUCACGUUGUGCAGUGAGCCCAACAGGUGACAAGCUGUACAUCACUAACAAAACCCAGGACAAGCUCCUCACUCUGGCCAGGGAUGGAUCAGUCCUUGCCGUCUUCAUGGACCCUAAACUGAUAGAACCGACUGGUGUACAUGUUACACCUGCAGGCCAGGUGCUGGUGUGUGGCGCAAGGUCACAUACUAUCUUACAGGUGGACAAUAAGGGAUGUAGGCAGCUGGCUACACUGGGUACAGAAAGGGAUGGGAUAAAAUACCCAUACUCGGUUUACUACAACACUGACACCAUUAUUGUUGGACAGUGGGAUAACAACAACGUCUUGGUGUUCAAAGUGAAAUAG